AUUUCUCCCGGGGCCAAUUCAGCACCUCUUCCUGGCCAUCCUAACAAGGUGAUUUGUGAAAGGGUGAGACUUCAGAGCCUGUUCCCUCUCCUCCCAAGUGAUCAGAACACUACCGUUCAAGAGGAUGCUCACUUCAAAGCUUUCUUCCAGAGUGACGAUAGCCCGAGUCCCAAGAGACAGCGCCUCUCUCAUCCCGUCUUUGAUUACACAUCAGCGUCACCAGCUCCCUCUCCACCAAUGCGACCAUGGGAGAUGACAUCAAAUAGGCAGCCCCCUUCGGUUCGACCAAGCCAACAUCACUUCUCAGGGGAAAGAUGCAACACACCUGCACGCAACAGAAGAAGUCCUCCUGUCAGGCGCCAGAGAGGAAGAAGGGAUCGACUGUCUCGACAUAAUUCCAUUAGUCAAGAUGAAAACUAUCACCAUCUCCCAUAUGCACAACAGCAAGCAAUAGAGGAACCUCGAGCCUUCCACCCUCCGAAUGUAUCCCCCCGUUUGUUACACCCUGCUGCUCAUCCACCACAGCAGAAUGCAGUAAUGGUUGACAUACAUGAUCAGCUCCAUCAGGGCACAGUCCCUGUUUCUUACACAGUGACGACAGUGGCACCACAUGGGAUUCCCCUCUGCACAGGCCAACACAUCCCUGCUUGCAGUGCUCAGCAGGUCCCAGGAUGCUCUGUGGUUUUCAGUGGACAGCACCUCCCUGUCUGCAGCGUGCCUCCUCCAAUGCUUCAGGCAUGUUCUGUUCAGCACUUGCCAGUACCAUAUGCUGCAUUCCCACCCCUUAUUUCUAGUGACCCAUUUCUGUUACAUCCUCCUCACCUUUCUCCACAUCAUCCUCCUCAUUUGCCACCACCAGGCCAGUUCGUCCCUUUCCAAACACAGCAGUCACGCUCGCCUCUACAGAGGAUAGAAAACGAAGUAGAACUCUUAGGAGAACAUCUUCCAGUUGGAGGUUUCACUUACUCCCCCUCCGCCCACCCUCCAACGUUACCUCCAUCAGCUCCUUUGCAGUUCUUAGCACAUGAUCCUUUGCACCAGGAGGUGUCCUUUGGAGUACCUUAUCCUCCAUUUAUGCCCCGGAGGCUCACAGGACGUAGUAGAUACAGAUCCCAGCAGCCAAUACCACCUCCCCCUUACCAUCCCAGCCUGCUCCCAUAUGUGCUAUCAAUGCUUCCAGUGCCACCUGCAGUAGGCCCAACUUUUAGCUUUGAAUUGGAUGUGGAAGAUGGAGAAGUUGAAAAUUAUGAGGCCCUGCUCAACCUCGCAGAGCGACUGGGAGAGGCAAAGCCUCGCGGUCUAACAAAAGCAGAUAUUGAACAACUUCCUUCUUAUCGAUUCAAUCCUAACAACCACCAGUCAGAACAGACUUUGUGUGUAGUAUGCAUGUGUGAUUUUGAAUCAAGGCAGCUACUUAGAGUCUUACCCUGUAACCAUGAGUUCCAUGCCAAGUGUGUUGACAAAUGGCUCAAGGCAAAUCGAACUUGUCCAAUUUGCCGAGCUGAUGCUUCAGAAGUGCAUCGGGAUUCAGAGUGACCCACCUAAGAGCACAAAUUUUGUUUGGGUGUUCCUUAUCACAUGUAUAUACGGACUAUCCAGUGAACUUAAUCUCUGUGGCUUCCAGCCCUCCCUUUACCAAAAGGGUCAAUGGACCUUUCUUUGCACUGUGUGACUUAAUCAACUAUAAAAGCUUACAAUUA